AUGUCUUACGGUGGCGGCUAUGGCUCGUCUCGCGACGGCGGCUAUUCCAAUGGUUACUCUGGUAGCAACGGCUACUCGAACGGCCACUCGGGUGGUUAUGGCGGCUCGAACGGAUACUCUGGCGGAGGAGGCGGUGGUGACAGAAUGUCCAACUUGGGUGCAGGUCUAAAACAACAACACUGGGACCUCGCUGCAUUGCCCAAGUUUGAGAAGUCGUUCUACAAGGAAGACCCUGCUGUUACAAAUCGAUCACAACGAGAUGUCGACGAGUUCCGCCGAAAGAUGGAGAUCACCAUACAAGGUCGAAAUGUCCCACGCCCGGUCGAAACCUUCGACGAGGCUGGCUUUCCCGCGUAUGUUAUGUCUGAGGUCAAAGCCCAAGGCUUCUCCCGACCUACUGCCAUUCAGUCCCAAGGCUGGCCUAUGGCUCUUUCUGGACGCGAUGUUGUCGGUAUUGCCGAGACUGGCUCCGGAAAGACCUUGACAUACUGUCUUCCUGCUAUUGUUCACAUCAACGCACAGCCCCUCCUUGCUCCCGGUGAUGGCCCCAUCGUCCUGGUCCUCGCGCCUACCCGAGAGCUCGCGGUUCAGAUUCAGCAAGAAAUGACCAAGUUUGGCAAGUCUUCUCGCAUUCGAAACACGUGUGUCUAUGGUGGUGUCCCCAAGGGAGGUCAAAUUCGUGAUCUUUCGAGGGGUGUGGAAGUAUGCAUUGCUACUCCUGGCCGACUUAUCGACAUGCUCGAAUCCGGAAAGACAAACUUGCGUCGUGUCACUUACCUAGUUCUCGACGAAGCUGAUCGUAUGCUUGACAUGGGUUUUGAGCCUCAGAUUCGAAAGAUCAUCGGUCAGAUUCGUCCUGACAGACAGACAUGCAUGUGGUCCGCCACCUGGCCCAAGGAGGUUCGUCAGCUAGCUUCAGACUUCUUGAACGACUUCAUCCAAGUCAACAUCGGUUCCAUGGAUUUGUCCGCCAAUCGCCGCAUUACUCAGAUCGUUGAAGUGGUGUCUGAAUUCGAGAAACGUGAUCGCAUGAUCAAACAUCUCGAGCAGAUCAUGGAAGAUCGCAACAACAAGAUUUUGAUCUUUACAGGAACCAAACGUGUUGCUGAUGACAUCACACGCUUUCUUCGACAAGACGGCUGGCCUGCACUUUCAAUUCACGGUGACAAGCAACAGAACGAACGUGAUUGGGUUUUGAACGAAUUCAAGAACGGCAAAAGCCCUAUCAUGGUUGCUACGGACGUCGCGUCUCGUGGUAUUGAUGUGCGAGACAUUACUCAUGUGUUCAACUAUGAUUAUCCCAACAAUUCGGAGGAUUACGUUCACCGUAUUGGUCGAACCGGUCGUGCAGGACGAAUGGGUACCGCCAUCACACUUUUCACCACUGAAAAUGCUAAGCAAGCUCGCGACUUGUUGAGCAUUUUGCAAGAAGCGAAGCAGAACAUCGACCCUCGUCUCGCGGAAAUGGGGCGCUACUCUGGCGGUGGCGGCGGUGGUGGUCGAGGAUAUGGUCGUGGCGGCCAUCGCGGUGGCCGUGGUGGUUUCACUGCUUCCAAUGCCGCACCGCUGGGCCGCAACCGCUGGUAG